GCCGAGGGAAAGGCCAGGUGGCCCCUCCUGCUCGUGGUGCGGCGGGGGAGGCUCGGAGCCGGCUGCAGACUCCCGACCUCAUGGCGGAGAUCAUUCAGGAGCGCAUAGAAGACCGGCUCCCGGAAUUGGAACAGCUAGAGCGCAUCGGAUUGUUCAGUCAUGCGGAGAUCAAAUCUAUUAUUAAGAAGGCUUCAGAUCUGGAAUACAAAAUUCAGCGAAGAACUCUUUUUAAGGAAGAUUUUAUCAAUUAUGUUCAAUAUGAAAUUAAUCUUUUGGAGCUGAUUCAGCGGAGAAGAGCUCGCAUUAGGUAUUCCUUUAAGAAGGAUGAGAUUGAGAGUUCCAUUGUACAAAGGGUACAAGGUAUCUUUCGACGAGCUUCAGCAAAGUGGAAGGAUGAUGUCCAACUUUGGCUUUCUUACAUCGUCUUCUGUAAGAAAUGGGGUAACAAAACUCAGCUUAGCAAGGUAUAUUCUGCUAUGUUGGCCAUUCAUUCAAACAAGCCAGCUUUGUGGAUUAUGGCAGCCAAAUGGGAAAUGGAAGAUCGCUUAUCUUCAGAAAGUGCAAGGCAGCUAUUUCUUCGGGCUCUGCGCUUUCAUCCAGAGUGCCCGAAACUCUACCAGGAAUACUUUCGGAUGGAACUGAUGAAUGCUGAGAAAUUGAGGAAGGAGAAACAAGAAUUCGAUAAAGCCAAGAUGGAUGUGGCUGAUCUUGAUUAUCCAGAGGAAGUGCUUCAGGGUGAAUUGGCACGGAUCAUCUACAAAAAUUCUGUGAACAAAAUUAAAAGUGCAGAAUUUCAUGUGUCAUUGCUUUCAAUUGCACAGUUAUUUGAUUUUGCCAAAGAUCUGCAAAAGGAAAUUUAUGAUGACCUGCAGGCCCUGCACACGGGGGACCCCCUCACGUGGGAUUAUGUGGCUCGGCGAGAGCUGGAGUUGGGGGCUCAGCUGGAGGAGCAGCAGCAGCCGAUGACGAAACAAGCCAAAGCGGCGGCGGCGGACCGGAAGGAGGAGCGGUGCUGUGCAGUGUAUGAAGAGGCGGUGCAGACGCUCCCGACAGAAGCCAUGUGGAAGUGUUACAUCAGCUUUUGCUUGGAAAGGUUUAAUAAGAAGACAAGUAGUCAGUUUCUCAGAGAGAAGAGACUGGAAAGAACCAUGACUGCUUUCAGGAGAGCACACAAUCUCAAGCUUUUACCAGAGUUCCAGUACAAGCAAUGGAUUCAGUUGUUGCUGGACCAUGCCUGCAUGAAGGAAGCCCUGGAGGUGGCUGUGGCGGGGACAGAGUCUUUGAGCAACUCGGCAACCAUGUGGCAGAUGAAGCUGCAGGUGCUGAUUGCGGCCAAGAGCCCCGAUGUUGCUCUGCUCUUUGAAGAAGCCCUAGGAAAGCUGAAACCCCAGGACUGUCUGCCGUUGUGGAUUUCUUGGGCAGAGUGGAGUGAAGGGGCCAAAAGCCAGGAAGACACUGAAACAAUCUUUAAGAAAGCUAUUUUAGCUGUCACUGGCCCCAACUCAGUCACUCUGAAGGUUAAGUACCUGGAUUGGGCCUAUAGAAGUGGCGGCUACAAAAAGGCGAGAUCUGUGUUUAAAAGUUUACAGGAAAAACGCCCCUUUACAGUUGAGUUUUUCAGGAAAAUGAUCCAAUUCGAAAAGGAGCAGGAAUCCUGCAAGAUGGCGAAUUUAAGAGAAUACUACGAGAGAGCUUUGCGAGAGUUUGGAUCUGUAGAUUCUGACCUUUGGAUGGAUUAUAUCAAAGAAGAAUUGAAACAUCCCCUGGGUAGACCUGAGAACUGCGGGCAGAUCUAUUGGCGAGCCAUGAAGAUGCUGCAGGGGGAGGCAGCAGAGGAGUUUGUGACUAAACAUGCGAUGCACCAGGCCUGCCAGUCGUGAGAGGAAGAGCGUAGCCCCCCCCUGGAGCCGCAGUGCUGGGAGGAAGAGCGCAGUCUUCCCCUCCCAGAGCGGAAGUUCUGGGAGCCGCUCACCUGCUCCGGUCCCGGGUUCAUCUAUUGGCCACUGAGAGUGGGCAGACAAGAUGGCUCUCCGGUUUUGGGACACACCUUAAUCUUUUUGAUGCAUAAUAUUUUAUGCUUAGAAAAGAGAAACAUUCUUCAUUGGCCAGAGGCCUGACCUAACUGUAGGUCCUACGUGU